AUGAGUCAAGAGUAUAUAGUCACAAUUGAACAAAAAGUUUUAACCAAAGGUCACACUCAAAUGAAAUGUGACUCAGUUCACAGCUCCAUUGAUGCCAAGCUAAGAAACAAGGACAUAUCUCUUCUAGGACAGUAUUCUGACCUAACGAAAGAAGUAAGUUUGGGAAAAUCAGCUGAUAGCCCGAUUAAAAUUGAUUUUACCAGUUAUUUAAAAAAGAGAAAAGUCCUGGCUAAUUGUAAGAAACUCAAAGGAACAUCAAUCAGCAUAACACACGAUUUAACAACGAGACAAAGAGAAGGACGACAAAUCCUAAGAAAAGCUUUGUUUGAAGAACGGAAAAAUGGGAACUACACGAAGUGCUAUAUCAAAGGAAACAAACUUGUCCUAGAUGAAAACCAAUACAGUGUAGAAGACUUAAUAGGCGAGGACAAUAAAGAAAACUCAUUUAAACAGAUCCAACAAACGUGUAGAGCACCUUCCACUCCUUCUCGUAUACUAGAAAAUUCGUUAGGUGAAUUAAACGUAGAUCAAGAAGAGGAAGAAAAAGAAAGAAAACAAAUCGAAGAUGAAAUAAAGAAGUCGGAAAAUUUGCGCUUAAGGAAAAGUUCCACCUCUCACAAUUACAAUAAAUAA